AAUGAAUGAAUGAGUGAAUGACUGAGGUGUGUAGGUGGCACGUCACCUCUUCUCUGAGUUCCAGUCUUGGGCCCUGCUUUCUCACCCUCCUUACCUGGUACCUGCAGACCCCUCCUUUACCUUCAGUCGCCCACCUAGCCCCUGAUGUCCGUUGAUCACCUGCCAGUCUGUGUCCCACCUGGGUGACUCAGGGGCACACUGCAUCCUCCUGAGAUGGAGCACAGGUCUCAUUUGAGAGGGCGAUCAAGGUGCUGGCGAAUGCUAGGGGUCUCCCCUCUGGCCCGUUAGCCCCACCUGUGCCUGUGCUCUCUUCUUCCCCAUAAUUCUCAGUCUCAAACCCUUUUCCACCCCAGGACCAGGAGAGACUGACCCCACAACACCUAAGGCUCCUGUAACUGGUGGGGGAGGCAGGCUUUGUGUUUGUCUUUGUGAAUAACCUCAGGGCAGAUGGCUUCAAACCCCAGUUUGUUCAUCAGUUAAAAGGAGGUUCCACUGACAAGGGGUGUGAAAGCUCCCUGAGGGUGACCAGAGCCAGGGGCCUUGGUCCUGUCCCCCCCACCCCAUAAGUCAGGCCCAUCCUCCUUCCAAAGACAGCUGGAACAUCAGCAGCUCCCCCUCCCCCUCCCCCAGUCCAGGAGAAGGAAGAAAGAAGUUACUAAGUUACUGGCUACAGCAAUGCUAGUCUUUGGGGUGGGGCUUCCAAUGCCCCCACCUGCAUCACUCUGGUUCUCUAGGAGGCUUAGACAAGGGUAGCCCUCUCAAUGCCCUCUGGGUGGGGUGUGUGGCUGCUUAUUGCUGGUGCUCCCUGCAGCCUGUGUCUUGUCACGCCCCCUCACCCCUGGCCUACCCAGAGGCCAUGCAGCCCCGUGGCAGGUGCAUUUCUGGGGGAGCUGCAGCAAGCCCCCUGUGAUGAUAGGGAACCUCCUACAGCCUGCUCCUCCCUCUUCACACCCCCUUGGAGUAUAAGGAGGGAACUGACAGCCCAGACUCCUCUGCUCCAGAGAGGGAAGGGAAGGGAGAGGAGGCAGGGGUAGAGAGACCAGCUUGGAGGCGGCUGGGUUUCUCCUCUCUUCUGCCCCUCCGCCUGGCACACGGGGCCCAGCCAUGGGGACCUUCAACCUGUGGACAGACUACUUGGGUUUGGCACGGCUGGUGGGGGCUCAGCGUGAGGAGGACGAGCCGGAGACCAGGCUGGACCGCCAGCCAGAAGCAGCGCCAGAACCGGGGGGUCAGCGACCCAGCCCUGAAUCCUCACCAGCUCCCGAACGCCUGUGCUCUUUCUGCAAACACAACGGCGAGUCCCGGGCCAUCUACCAGUCCCACGUGCUCAAGGAUGAAGCGGGCCGGGUGCUGUGCCCCAUCCUCCGCGACUACGUGUGCCCCCAGUGCGGGGCCACCCGCGAGCGCGCCCACACCCGCCGCUUCUGCCCGCUCACCGGCCAGGGCUACACCUCGGUCUACAGCUACACCACCCGGAACUCGGCUGGCAAGAAGCUGGUCCGCUCGGACAAGGCGAGGACGCAGGACACUGGACACGGAUCGCGCCGAGGAGGAGGCGGCGGAGGAGGUGCCUGUGCAGGUGGCUGGGGGGACUCGCUGCACAGGGGGUUCUGCCCUGGGCUGACUUAG